AAUGUGUUAACUUAAUGUGCCUGUUUCUCAUGAAACCUCUGUCAGAUUUGUCCUGGGAUGCAAAUUAAUUUGCCUGCCUUCCAGAUUUCUUGCAACCACUGCUCUCAUUUCAUCAUCAAAACCUCUACAUUAAAUGAUUGCAAAGGAAGCAGUAUCAAGAACACAAAUGCAUUAAUCAACAAAAAUAAAAACUGGUAUUGACCAAGAAAGUCCUGGCUAUAACAGUUUUCAAAAGUAGUAAAAUGGAUUAUCAUGAUAUAAUUGGGAAGCAAAGUUAUCUAUAUCAUAGCAAACUGAUCUGUAACUUACAUUCUAUUAUACUUGCUCUAUUUCUUCUCUGAUCUUUUUGUUGUCUUUUUUGACUGUUGUUUUUGUCAUGUAAUGUAAUGUAAUGUAAUGAGUAGGAGAUUGAACAACAAUAGCUUGACUGGAGCUAUUCCUUUGUCUUUAGCCAAAGUCCCUCAGCUUGCUUUCUUGGACUUGUCUUAUAACAAUCUCCAUGGACCCGUGCCCAAAUUUCCUGCCAGAACAUUCAAUGUUGUGGGUAACCCUCUCAUUUGUGGAAGCCACUCCACUGAAGGUUGCUCCGGAUCGGCCAUCCCUAUCCCUCUUUCUUCAACUCUGAAUUCAUGGACUGGAACAAGUAGCUCCAAGAAACUGGGUAUUGCACUUGGGGUGAGCUUGAGCUUUACCUUUCUCAUCCUCACAGCGGUUGCUCUCUUCUUUUGGAGGAAAAAUAAAAAGAAAAAGCAAAGCAUUCUCAACAUCACUGGUCAAGAACUCCAAGUUGUCACAGACAAUUUUAGCUCCAAGAACAUACUUGGUGCUGGGGGUUUUGGGAAUGUGUACAAGGGAAAGUUGGGGGAUGGAACAAUGGUGGCGGUGAAACGACUAAAGGACGUUGUUGGAACUGCCGGUGAAUCACAAUUUAGGACUGAAUUGGAGAUGAUUAGCCUUGCGGUCCAUCGGAAUUUGCUGCGGUUGAUGGGAUAUUGUGCCACACCAAAUGAGAGGUUGCUGGUGUAUCCUUACAUGUCUAAUGGCAGUGUGGCCUCAAGGCUUAGAGUCACUAUUGUUGCCAACUUGCCAGUUCUCGCAAUCACAAUGGUCUUGAUUCCUCUAAAGUUCUUAUUAGAUUAG